AACAAACAAAACGGUCAAACGAAUUCAAGAAUUGUAAUUUUUAAAUUUGAAAUAAAAGCGGUGCGAUAUGCAUGAACUCCUUAAGGGCCUUGGAUUUUAGAGAGGAUAGAUUAAUACUGUAGAACGAUUUAAAAAAAUGGCACCCUCCAGAAGCUUCCGCACUUACAGCAAGGGUAACACCUCGGUGUCUGCUAUGGAUGCAUUUAAUAUACUUUUUGCAAAAAAUUUAACCCAAAGGAAAUUACAUGGUAAAAAACUCAAAGCCAAGAAACUAGAAAUCAAAGAACUGCCACAGAAAAUUAAGACUAUUUUAAGUGAUGAUUCUCUUAGAGUUAACAUUAAUGAUACUUUUGAUAAGAUUUUACAACCACAAGCUAAAGCACUGCCGAGUAGCUACAAUAACAGUUUGGACGAAGCUCAAAAUAGUUUAUUAGUUUAUAAGAAAGCUGACAAAAGUAGCUCUGUUAAUAAAUCAUCUUUUGAUUGCAUCAAGAAUGCAUCACCAAUGGUAAAAAAACUGAGAUCCUUCAAAAAUAACUCAAGUAACAUCAACCAAAAGUAUUCUUGGUUUGAUCAAACUACACCCACAGGGGAAGCAAUCACUAAUUCCCUUGAAGUGGAAUUAUCUUCAUCGAGUGUCAAACGUCAUAAUAGAAAAAGCAAAAACAAUUCUAAUGCAAGUAGAAGUUCUCUGGUCUGUCUGCGAUCACAGGCCAAAGAUACAUCUUCAAUCAAUGCUAGCAAGGAUCUUUCAAAUAAAAAUUCUUCUACCGUGGAUGAUUUUAAAAACCCAAACGAUUUACUGCCAGCUAAUAUGUCGAUCUCCGUUAUUGCAAAGAAUAAUUCCUUAUUGAAUCCAUUUUAUCAAAAUUCUAUGAAAGAAAAUGGCUUGGUACAUUCUAGCACUCCUUUAGUAUCAAAGAAAGGGCCUCGAAUGUUGGUUCAACCAAUAUCUCCUAUUAACACCCAGUCAAAUAGUCAAGACAAAUUGGAAAGCUAUAUAAUGGAAUCUUUGGAAGAUAUUCGCAGUUGGAAUUUGUCCCUACCACCCAUUGAUACAGGUAAAAGUGAGACAGUUAAAGUUGCUCAAGAAAAUUUACCACAAAAACAGAUGAGUUUCGAUCUACACGAAUUUGAAAAAGUUUUUACUCAACUUAGUAGCAUAUAUAAACAACAACAUAAUACUCAAGCAAAAACCAGAUCAUUUUCAUUGGAACAUUUUGAGAAAUUCCAUAAAACAAUUAUUGAAGGUGAAAAACGAUUGAUUACCAAAAACUCUAAAAAUAUUUCACUUUCUGACUUUGAAAGUUUCUGCGAAUCUUACUUGAAAACUGUUGAUAAAGAAUCUUUUUUUGAUAGUUCCCAUAGAUCUGGAUUUGUUACCCAUAGAAAGCACAAAAAUUAUAGACAUCAACAUAAAAAACAUUUUACUUUAAAAGACUUAGUAGUUGUUCUGGACAAAAAUAUUCUCAACAUGUCAAGAAAUAAUUUUAUGAAGCACAAGGAGAUAUCAUAUCCAAAAUAUAAUACUUUAAAGCAACUGACCGUUAAUGUGACCAAACUAUCUCUAAAGUCGCCAAAAAUAAAAUCAAAACCUGCCUUUAAAGCCAAAGAUAAAUUAAAAAGGAAAAGGUAUGCAGCAUGUAAAAAAUUCACUUCAAACUGGAAUAAGAGUAGCAGUUCAAUGACCACUAAUGCAUCUAUUAAUGAUUCUAAGAAACUGAUGAAAUCAGCUAAGAUGACAACUGGAACAAAUGCUAAAAGAGCUUCCAAAACAGCAAUCAUACCAACUUCCUCUGAGAAAAACCAAGAUUCGAAUGCAAGGAAAACUCGAAGUCAGUCAAAAAUAUCUGAUCAGCAUACAUCUAAUAGCUCUUCUGCGGAAAAACCGUAUGUUAGCCAAAUUUUAUCUAACACUAUUCUUGACGAGUCUCAAAAACUGUCUUCUAUUGUUUCACCAUAUGCUUUCAUUAAUAGACGUCGCCCCGGAGUAUGUAGAAAUCAAAAUUUGGAAAGAGAUAAGAGUGAAAAAAACUACAUAGCUCAAGAUUAUUCUAAUAUAUUAUUCAAGACUCCAGAAAAGAAAAUAAAUGAGCUGACACGAAAGACGACUUUGAGUGUUAGUCCUGAUCUGUUUGACAGUUUUGUCAGUAAUAACGGAAUAAAAAGACCGCAUACUCGAAGCCAAAGCGCUUCCAAUUUAACCACUGAAUCUAACUCUGUUUUAAAGUUAACUCAAAUAAGCAAUUCAAGCAAAAUAAAAACCAAACGAAACUCAGUAUUUUAUAUAUCCGACAACAUCGAACAUUCGACUCGUAUAUCUGAUGCGUCGACUGGUAUAUCUGAUGCGUCGAAUAUUAUGGAUAUGUCAGGAAAUCCCUCCAUUCAGAGCCAGAUACAGAUUUUUAUCAACUCACAAUCGAGUCAACUAUCAAUACCAUUUAAUGCUGAUGAUUCUCAAAAGGUAACAAGGACUUCCAUGCAAACUAGGAAGUCAAAUGCAUCAAAAAAGCUAUUUGUAGCAGAAACAAACGGUUAUGAGGAUGGUAGGAUCUCUAGAAGCUUGCAAGAAAAUUUGGUUUUCUCUACACCUUGCAGAAGAUAUACAGAUGCAACAGAUAAAAACCGUAAAAACGGACGUUUACGUUCUGAGAAAACUAGCACAACUGAUAGUUGCUAUCAAAGUGACAGUCAUAGAGCUACGAGAUCUCUAUCUGUUUAUGAUAAAAAAAAUAUACCAUAUCCUGUUUUAGGCAGAAAUUUUUCUGGCUGUCGUUUAUCCCUUACGACUCUAACUAAAAACUCUAUGUAUGACAGUUGCUUUGAAAGUGACAGUCAUAGACUAACCAGAUCUAUGUCAAGCAGCUGCAUUAAUUUUAAUAAAGAGUUAAUAAUUAUGGUCGGCACUCCUGCAGAAAAAAAUUCAAUCAGUAAUUGCCAAACCUUGAGCCCAUCUACCGAAACGCCUCAGAAACGUAUAACAAGAACAAGGAAAAGCAACUGUUACAGCAUAGACAAAGAAUUGAUUAUCCUGGUCGACUCAGCUGAUUCUACACCCUCUUGUGUUGAUCUCAGGAAAUCAUCCUUGAUGAAUAAUGAAACAAGUAUAAAUUGCACCAUCAGAACACUCCGACAAAGUAGUCGUCGUUCCGGAUCACUAUCUCUUGAACCCAGUGUCUCAUAUUUCGAAUUAUCGUCCGAUGAUGGUUCUGGAAGAUUCGAAGAUUUGAUCGAUGAUCAAAUAAGUAUAAAAAGUACAAGAACAAGUCGAAAAAGUAGUCGUAGCUCUGGAUUAGUAUCAUUUCAACUUAAUUCAUCGGAUAUUGAAUCAAGCUCUAGCACGUUACAGAACGACAGCUUGGCUCCGCCAGCUUUAAAUGAGACAUCAAAAACCGAUCAGAAUCAAAAGGUUUCUAACACAUUACCUGACUGUCGUCAAUCAGAUGAAGUUUUUGAUCGGGAAUUAAGAAGUGAUACGGCAUUGAAUCCCGUAUUUAAGAUCCCGACUUUGCCGGGUUUUAAACCGAAACAUGGAAAGUGCUGGAGAAGAUCGCUCAUGCAACAGAAGAGGGAAAGUCUGCUUGGGAGAAAUGCCAGAGAAUCUAUUGUUGAUACUACAGUAAACAGCCCACAAAAUUCAAUAGGAAAGGGUACACCAUCAACAGGCUCAUACAACAGUCGUAUGUCCAUAAAAAUUUUACCGGCGUAUAGCGAAACACGUACUAGACGACGGACAGCUCUUCAAAGCUACGUAUAUUCAGAAGUUUUAUCUCAAGAUGUUACAAAUAAUAUUUCACUGCCAAAGAAAUUAUCACUGCCUAUAGUAACAGCUAGAGAUAUAGUGCUUAAGUAUUGCAACCAGGUGGAACCAAUUCCAUUUGAGCAGGCUUAUCCAAGGAGGUUAUUACGAAAUUGCAAGAAGAUUGGCGAAGGUGUCUAUGGUGAGGUAUUUUUAUACACUCAACCAAAUGGUAUCAGUACUGUUAUGAAGGUUAUCCCUAUUGAGGGUAACCAAAUUAUAAAUGGGGAAAGACAAAAGGAAUUCCAUGAGAUUUUGUCAGAAAUAGCAAUAGUUUCAGAGCUAUCAAACCUGAAAAAUAAUAUUAACAACAGUACAUCAGGUUUUUGUGAGGUGCAACGGAUAACAUGUGUUAAAGGCAAAUAUCCAAAAAUUUUAAUAGAUCAUUGGGAGGAAUAUGAUGAAAAUAAAGGCUCUGAAAAUGAUCCACCGGAUAUUUUCAAGGAGGAUCAGUUAUAUGUAGUAUUAGAUUUAGGAAAUGGAGGACAAGACUUAGAGGCUUUUGUUUUCAAUAACGCAUCUCAGGCGGUCUCAAUGUUUAAACAGGUGUGUUAUACCCUUGCAAUAGCUGAAGAAGAACUGCAAUUCGAACACCGUGAUUUGCACUGGGGGAAUGUACUCUUACGUAAAGUAAAUACAUGUAAGAAGAUUAACUUUAAGCACAAGGGUAAAGUGAAAAGUCUUAAAACAGAAGGAGUACAGGUUACGAUAAUCGACUUUACGCUUUCAAGAAUGACACACGACGAUGUGGUAAUUUUCAACGAUCUUGGGCAGGAUCCAGAUUUAUUUCAGGCUGAAGGAGAUUACCAAUUUGAAAUAUAUAGACUGAUGAAAGAGAGAAAUUGCAAUGACUGGCAAAAAUUCACUCCCUAUACCAAUGUGUUGUGGCUGCACUAUAUUUUAGAUAAAUCAAUCACUGCCUUAAGGUACAAUAAUAAAAUGACCAGAAGUCACAAGCAAGGAAUUCAAAUUCUAAAGGACUUUAAAGAAUGUCUUUUGAAAUACAAUAGUGCAACCGAAUUUGUGAGAGAAUGUUUAUAAGUAUAUAAUUUGUUUUUUUUUGUCUAAUUUUAUAUUUUACUUUAUAUGCAGUUUUAUUGAUGUAAUAUUUAUAAACUAGACAAAAUUAAUGCAACAUCAUAAAUUUUGAUCUCGUUUGAUUUUUUUGUUAUAUGCAGACAAGUUUUACAAAUGUGGCAAAUUUAUGAUGUUGAGUUAAAAUUGUCUAGUAUUUAUUUAGGUGUUUAUACGUUCUUAAGUGUUUAUGCAAUUUUCGAUCAACUAAAUAUUUUUUUCAA